AUGACGGCGCCCAACAAGCACGAGGACCCCCCUGCUAUGACUCUGUCCGCAGCUAAGACCAACUCAGCAACUAUGACCGACGCAAAAGCUACGAUCUACUCACCAGUUGCAACCAACUCAAUACCUACCAGCAACUCAACAACUGUGACGGACUCGAAGGCUGCCACGCACUCACCGGCUACGGUCAACUCCGCAAUGAUGGCCGACGCACAAUCUACGAGCUUCUCAGCAACUUCAACCCACUCAGCAGCCACGGCCAACACAACCCUACCUUCAAGCACUCUUCCUAGUUUGCCUGUCGAGGUUCGUGAAAAGAUCGCCAGCCACAGCCAGCUGCCAGACCUUGCCAACAUGCGCCUCACCUGCAAAUCACUUUGCAUCGCCUCUACGCCCGAGUUUGCACGCACAUUCCCCUCUGAGAGACGCUUUGUCCUCACGGUCGAGAGCCUGGAGGGUCUUAUGAAGAUGACCGCCCAUCCAAUUAUCGGCCCUCGACUCACCAAAAUCAGCUUCAGCAUCCACCGCAUAGCAGAUAACGACCCUCAAGAUACUCGUGGCGCAUUCGAACAACACAAAGCUAUGCUCACCCAAGCUCUUAUCAAUCUUCAGAAGUGCAAGAACGUCGAAGCCACCCUGGGUAUCUUUGACGAGGCCAAGACCAACGGGCCAGACGCUCAGCAAAGCCUCAGGCUGGGCCAUGGCUACAGCAAGUCUUACGGGACUUCAGCCCCAAACAUUGAAGACUCGAAGCGCUCUCUCUCCUUGAUCUUUGAAGCAGCUGCAGCCAGCAACUAUCCUUUCUUUGCUCUCGAGAUCGACUUCAUCUCCGAAAAGUUGUUCGCUGACCGAGCCGUUCUCCCUUUCAUCACUUAUGGUUCGGAAGUACCGGCUGAAGUGUCGCCAACGAUCUUCAGGCCAGAGCGCAACAUCUGUUUGAAGCAUACUGUGGUAUCAAACAACCCGAUCGAAUCAACACUCCGCUUCGAUCCUGGCUGCGGUCUCAUGCACCUCACUGGCUCGGUCUUGAUCCAGACCCGCGGUCUCCUUGUAGCCCUGAUUUUCACACCAUUCCGGACACUCGUUCUGCGAGAAAUGUUUUUCGACUCGAUGGCCCUUUUGUACAUCACACAAUGCGGACCGGCAUUCGAGACCCUCGAAGUAAUGCAUGUUACUGUAGAAUCGUCCUACGAGUUUCUUCAUGUCUGCAGACGUGCUACCUUCCUUCAGCGAUUGGUACUACAUCGUGUGGUACUCGAAGACAGGGGGGAUUAUCGCCCUGUCCUUGCGAGUCGCUAUGUGAAGUGGGAGGGACAGCAGGCUAUUCAAGCAGGUCUGAGAGACUUCAUCUGGAAGUAUGAGAAUGGCUACACCGAUAUCGACGAGGACGCAUAG